ACAAUGCUUUGGAUUGAGGGGAGACCUUUGGAGGCAGUUUAGUAGUCCUAUCCUCGACCCCAAGAUAAUUAAACUCUCAGAAAGUAUGACACUGCAAUGGCCAGCAAGCACUUGCACUCAUGUGUAAUGUGUGUGUGUGUAUUUUGUGUGUGUGUGUGUGUGUGUGUGUGUGUGUGUGUGUGUGUGUGUGUGUGCUUGUGUGUAGGCCCUGCCACUACUAUCAGCACUGUGCUGGUAAUGAGUUAUGCAAACGGUUGAAAUUGAACACCAACCGAGGCCAGAGGAGUCCAGGCUAAAACAGCACAUUCCCCCGGAGUCCUCAUACCAGAGAGAGAAAGAAACAUGGAGCCAGGAAAUGAUGCUGCAGGCUGGCUUUUUGUGUGUAAGCCUGAAGUUGAAGAAGAUAAUCCUCCCAGUUCAAGUGAACAUGCUCCCACAUGAAAACCGUACAUCAUCAGUCAUGGCCGCCAUCAGCAGCUCAAACACAGGUUUUGCCUUGGAGCUGCUCCGCACUCUGAGCCAAGCAAAUCCCACCGGGAACAUCUUCGUCUCCCCGCUGAGCAUCAGCUCGGCUCUGGCUAUGGUUUACCUGGGGGCUGAAGGAGACACUGCUGCUCAGAUGGCACAGGCCCUCUCAUUCACCUCUGGUGAAGACGUCCACACAGACUUCCAGACACUGAACGCUGACAUCAACUCGCCAUCUGCAUCAUACAUCCUGAAACUAGCCAACCGUCUCUAUGGAGAAACUUCCGCCAACUUCCUCCCGCAAUUCCUCAACGCCACGCAGAAACACUACCAGGCAGACCUGAAGGCUGUGGAUUUCAUCGGGGCUUCAGAGGCGUGCAGAGCGGAGAUCAACAGCUGGGUCGAGCAGCAGACAGAAAAUAAGAUCAAAGAUCUCCUGAAGCCAGGAACAGUCGGCCCUAUGACAAGAUUGGCUCUGGUUAACGCUAUCUACUUCAAGGGCAACUGGAUGAAUCGCUUUGAUGUGGCAAACACCAAAGAGAUGACCUUUAAAGUCAACCAGAAUGAGGCCAAGCCGGUCCAGAUGAUGUACCAGAUGAAGAAGCUGCCCUACAACUACAUUCCUGAGCUCGGUCUGCAGAUCCUGGAGCUGCCGUACGUGGAUGAGGAGCUCAGCAUGUUCAUCCUGCUGCCUGAGGAGUCCGUGGAAGGCUCUGAUCCUCUGCUGAAGCUGGAGACCGAGCUAACGAGGGAGAAGCUGGACGAAUGGACCAACAGGGACAACAUGGACGUCCACUCAGAAGUCCUGGUUCACCUGCCCAAGUUCAAGCUGGAGGAAGACUACGAGCUGAACGACGCUCUGUCCAAACUGGGCAUGACAGACGUGUUCUGUGGGGCGAAGGCCGAUUUGUCCGGCAUGAACGGCGAACGAGGACUCUUCCUGUCUACGGUGGCCCACAAGGCCUUUGUGGAAGUGAACGAGGAGGGGACGGAGGCGGCUGCAGCCACAGCAGGCAUGAUAGCAUUCUGUAUGUUGAGGGAGGAACACUUCACAGCGGACCACCCCUUCCUCUUCUUCAUCAGGCACAAUAAGACCAAGUCCAUCCUCUUCCUCGGUCGGUUGUCGUCUCCUCAGUAGACAGAACCGGCAGAGGAAGAUGUUGGGCCAAUUCAAAUAAAAAAUUAGCAAAAUCCUUAAAAUGAAAGCUUAAUUUUCUGUGAUGUUUUGCCAAUUGAAGAACUGCAUUCUUUGUUUGCAUUUGCACUGAAAUCAUAGAUGUAGCUAUUGGAAUUUCAGUGUUUUUGGUUGAAUUAAUGCGUUAUAAUAGUGAAUUGAAUCUAAUUGAAAUAAAACAAAAGACGUUUGGGUUUUAAAGUGACUACAUUGUUAAAAUGGAGACAAUCAGAGUUUUUAUAGGGACUUUUUCUUCAGUUGACAGAAGUUCUAAUGAAAUGUGUUCACGGUGAGGUCUGUGGAUUAUCCAGAGGAAGUUGGUCAGUUUCUUGAAAAACAAAUGGAGCACAUUUACGGCAGUGAAAGACAAGGUGGAAGGAAAAAACGGAAAAAAAAGUAUUUGUGAUUUGGCUAAACUGAUCAUUUUUGUUGUUAACAGAAUGAACACCACAUCAAAACUUGAAAUGGAUUUAAAGUUUCUCAAUCUUAAUAAAAAUAGUACUAAGAUUUGUAUAUUUAAACAAACUGACCUAUUGGACGAUGUUCCCGGUGUGAUCAAAAUCCACCGUUUGUUAACAUAGCACAAAAAGUCGCUUUUAUAUCUUUUUUUUUUUUUUCUUCUCAUGUUACAAUAAGUCAAUAUAUGAUCCAGCUUUUUAAAGUGAGCUGCUGUUCUCUUAAGGGGCGUCCCUCAGACAUUAAGAGUUACGAACUGCUGACCUUUAGAGGUGAGAACAGGUCAUUGCACCAUGUUUUGAGGAAUAAAAUGUUUAAAUCCGGCUAUGA